UGCCGCGGCGCAUUGUGGGUAGCGGGGGGACAAGAUGGCGGCGGGCGCCGCUGCCCUCAACUGGAGGCGGGUUUCUUCCUUCACGGGGCCAGUGCCCCGAUCCCGGCACGGGCACCGCGCCGUGGCCAUCCGAGAGCUGGUCAUCAUCUUCGGCGGAGGCAACGAAGGCAUCGCCGACGAGCUGCACGUGUACAACACCGCUACAAACCAAUGGUUUCUUCCUGCUGUUAGAGGAGAUAUCCCACCAGGCUGUGCAGCCCAUGGUUUUGUUUGUGAUGGUACCAGAAUACUAGUAUUUGGAGGAAUGGUUGAAUAUGGAAGAUAUAGUAAUGACCUAUAUGAAUUACAGGCAAGUCGAUGGCUGUGGAAAAAAAUGAGACCUCAGCACCCAUCAGCAGGCUUGCCACCUUGCCCUCGCCUUGGCCAUAGCUUUUCUCUAUAUGGCAACAAGUGUUACUUAUUUGGUGGGUUGGCAAAUGAAAGUGAAGACACGAACAAUAACAUUCCCAGAUACUUAAAUGAUUUCUAUGAACUGGAGCUACAACAUGGUUCAGGUGUCAUGGGCUGGAGCAUUCCAGUGACCAAAGGAAUGCUACCUUCACCCCGAGAAUCCCACACAGCUGUUAUAUACUGUAGAAAAGACUCGGGAAACCCAAAGAUGUUUAUUUUUGGAGGGAUGUCUGGCUGUCGACUUAAUGACCUUUGGGAGCUUGACAUAGAAACAAUGACUUGGUCGAAACCAGAAAUUAAAGGGACACUGCCACUUCCCCGUAGUCUCCAUACAGCCAAUGUAAUAGGAAACAAAAUGUACAUUUUUGGUGGAUGGGUUCCACAGAGCACAGAUGAUAAUGUGUCUUCUCAAGAUGGAGAAUGGAAAUGUACUGGCUCAUUUUCUUACCUAAACUUAGAUACUACAGAAUGGAUAGGUCUGAUAGGAGAUUGCCAGGAAGACAAAAAUAACCUGUUGCCAGGCCCAAGGGCUGGCCACUGUGCUGUCAUAGUUGGCACUCGCUUGUAUAUAUGGAGUGGCAGAGAUGGAUACAGAAAAGCUUGGAACAAUCAGGUUUGCUGCAAGGAUCUUUGGUAUCUAGAUACUGAGAAACCACCAGCACCAUCACAAGUACAGCUGAUCAGAGCUACUACUAAUUCAUUCCAAGUUAAAUGGGAUGAAGUUCCUACUGUUGAAGGUUAUCUUCUUCAAUUAAAUUUGGAGAUGCCAACACCUGUUACAGCUGAAAUACCUAUUAACAUGGCACCCGAAGCACCAUCACCAAGUGUGCAAGGAAUCAAGCUGGAUCUUCACAGCCAAACGCUCAAUAAAGUCCCAAACAACGUGCAAAUUUCAAUUUCAGAAACUAAAGUAAAGGUCCCAGAACCUGAAAAUGCAGAGAAAAACCAUUCCACUUCCAAAGAGUCCAGCACCUCUUUAAGUUUACCUGCUAGCACUUUAGUUAAAGAGAUUGCUGUUCCCCCAACAAGAGUUGCUUCUGUUAGUCCAAAUGAUUCAGCUAUACAAUUGCCUAAAACUUCACCACCAAAGCAGAAUGCAAGAAAAAAAGCACGAAGGUGGUAUGAUGUUGGCAUUUUUCAAAGCAACAGUGCUCUAGUGAACCAGUUCUAUUUGUUGCAGGAAGAAAAGGCCAUAAUUUCCAGCAAGGUAGAUAAUGCAGAUAUUCCAAACAACAGUUUACUUAAGAAGCAGGAUCUUGCUCCUGGCACUUUAUACAGGUUCAGGGUUGCGGCAAUUAAUGGCUGUGGCGUAGGGCCAUUCAGUAAAGUCAGCGAAUUUAAGACCUGUAUCCCAGGAUUUCCUGGAGCACCUUCCAUUGUCAAAAUUAGCAAGAGUGCAGAUUGUAUUCACCUUUCAUGGGAACCUCCAGUUUCGCCUUCAGGAAAUAUCUUGGAAUAUUCUGCCUACUUGGCUAUAAGAACCACCCAGCUGAAUGAAAAUCCUCAUCAGCUUAUGUUCAUGAAAAUCUAUUGUGGCCUUAAGACCUCAUGUACAGUGACUGCUGCCCAACUUGCAAAUGCCCACGUUGAUCACACAUCCAAACCUGCCAUAGUUUUUAGGAUUUCAGCCAAGAAUGAAAGGGGAUAUGGACCGGCCACGCAAGUUCGAUGGCUCCAAGAAACGAAAACAUCAAGUUCAAAGUAGAAAUGGCACAUUGUGCUGCAAGUUGUGAAAUAGCUGUUAGCUGUCAUGGCAUUUUGUAACUCGGUCAGAUACUUCAUUUGAGAUUGUCUUAACUUCACAGCAUCAGCGUUGUACAGUCUUGCAGAACUGCACCUGUAGUGGCUGCAUUUUUCAUACCACUUUAUCUAGUAAGGUCACUUUAGAGUCCCGCGCUGAUAACUCAGAGGAUUACAUAUGCAUCUAGAUUUUUGGAGAGUCUUCCUUCCAAUAGCUCCCAACGCAUAGAUCCCCAGUUGCAUUAGCUUCCAACGGAUAUAGAAGGGCUGUAGCUCAGUGGCAGAGCAUUUGGUUGCAUAAAAAAGGACUCAAGUGCAGUUUGGCAUCUCUAGAGAGAAUUGGGAAAGACUCCUCUCUGAAGAGCCCUGUCAGUCAGUGUAGACAUUAUUGAGCUAGGUAGACUAAUGGUCAGACUCAGUAUAAAGCAGCUUCCUGUGUUCCUAGA